CACACACACACACAUACAUAGCCUUACACACACACACACACACACACACACACAUAGCCUUACACACACACACACACACACACACAUAGCCUUACACACACGCACCAAAACAAACACACGCCAUACUGACUCCUGUAAACUGUUCAGGUGGGGAAGACAGGGGCGUACCUCCAGUUUCUGGGCAUCCUGUCUCGUAUGCUGAUCCGACUGAUGGAGGUGGACAUCUAUGAUGAGGAAGAUAUCAACUUCAGUGGUCAGCUGGAGCGUGUCCAGUACCAGCCAACCUGUGCCUCCUGGCCAGUCACAGACACACUGAUGGGCAUUCCGUUUGACUAUACCGUCCACGACCCCAAAUAUGAAGACAUCAGCACUGUCUACUGCCCUGACUACUACCCCAACACUGAUGGAAUCCCCAGACGUCAGGAGGACGUGUAUCUUCGGAGGCGUACGGCCAGAAUCAAACUGUCUAAAUACGCAGCCUACAACACCUACCACCACUGUGAGCAGUGUCACCAGUACACGGGCUUCAACCCCGCAUACCAG